UGCAACUUAAUCUGAUCCACCAACUUGCUACCUACUUGUUGCAUUGAGGAGAAUCUGGGUUGUUUUCACAAUCUCGAGUUCAUUCGCACACAAUGUGCUUUCUUGUCUCAGUCACACAACCAACGCGGUUUUAAUUCCCAACCUUGCCUGGAGGAAACACCUGGUUACCAUGGCAACCACGGACUAACUGCGAUGACGAUGACACUCUUGCCAUUUGGAGUACUACCUCCGAAAGAAGUGUCCGUCGCGUUAAACACAUGCGCUCGAAGUGUCAACUACCGUUAUACAUAUAUAUGGAUUUAACUGAUUUCGGUUGAUACAUAGUUUUUAUCGGGCGUCGUGUUUUAAAAAUCAUUCAAUUCCUGUAUUGAUCCCCACUGGGGAACUGUGGUUGCGGAAAUCAGUCUUAAUGGACUAUUACCGAUACGUCAAGGAAAUACUGCGCAAGUGAAGCUCUUCAAGCAGAAGUUUCUUUCUCGCACGUCCAUUGUCGCACCUCUGGCGUUAUCUAACCCGACGUACGGAUGCUGACAUGUCAGUGAUGUCGCGGAGAGGGACCAACCCAGAGCCUGAGGCCUCGGGCGGCUCAGCCCUACUCGACGCCAUCAACCGCAACAAGAUCCAUCUCGCCAAGUUUAUCCUUGACGCCGUCGACCAUGAGGUGGUCAAUUGCAAAGACUUCAAGGGCAAGACGCCGCUGAUCAGAUCAGUCUAUAUCAAGGAGGAGCGCACCAGAGCCAAAGCCAUCAACCUCUUGCUUCAGAAGAAGGCAGACGUCAACAUGAGAGAUGACGCAGGCCGCACUGCCCUCAGCUACGCCUGUGAGCAGCGGUGUAAUGAUGUUGUCCAGAUCCUGGUCAAGAAUAACGUUGACCCUGACCUGGGGGACAAUGACGGUAACACACCACUCAUCUACAGCGCCAUGGUUGGUAACGACAAGGCAAUCGAACUCCUCCUCAAGUCCUUCAGACGUCUUGGGUUAGAUGUGGACCGGACCAACAAAGCCGGUCUUACUGCCAUGCUCGUCGCCGCCAAGCACGGAUACAUCUCAUGUGCCACCUUGCUUUCUGUUGAAGGUGGUGCAUCAGUUGGUAAGACCGAUCCAGAAAAGCAUAUGACGGCGGAGGAUUGGGCGAGAACAAAAGGUUGCUCCACCCCGGAGGUCCUCCCGUUCUCUACAGCUGCACCUCAUCCAAGGAAACGCAGGCGUAAGAAAAUGGAUGCGUCGGCCAUUUCAUUGCAUUCAAGGUCAAAAACGAGUCUCAAGGAUGGCGAUAUCACAAAGAGGAAGCAUUCCCACGCGUUAUCACGGAGUCAGCCGACCAAUUCGCUUCGACAGGUGACGCCGCGGACAGGCACUGCAACAGACUAUCUGAUGGAGACGUUGACGGAUCUCCGAAUAAGUAGCACUGUGCCUGCCCCCCUUCCUCCACCGCUAGCACGCAUUGGAAUCAAACAAACUGAUGUGAUGUUGCAUCGUCAGAAAUCACCUAAAAUAAAUCUCCAUGGUUGUCAUUACGAUGCCAAAUCAGUUGUGCCGCAACUUACGAUACAGAAAGCACCAACUGUUCGAGGCCAUGUGUCUCCGUCAAAACGCACUACCCAACGCCCUAAACAAUCUCAAACCCCAUCAACGAUCCCAGCAGAACAUCCACAUCUCAAACGGGAGAAGCAAGACAAGAUAUCUGUGCUUAUCUCACAACUAACAUUUGAUGCCGGGUUACAGAAAAAAAGUAUCUCCGAUGAUGAGGCGUAUAUUAGUAAACCUCGGAAGCUCGGGCCCGUAAGAACAACCUGUCAGAGGCCACCUGAGUUGAUCUAUGACAGUGACUCUAGCACCUCGAGCCUUGAGGAAGGACUAGGGACAAUCGAUGCCCGACAGGACUAUGCUAAAAAGAGCUCCGGGCAAGAGGGCAGAGAACUGGGUCUCCCGUCCGGUCGCGAGACGUCCAAUUCAUCAUGCUAAGUCUUCGUUGUGACGUCUUCAUGGUGCAAGUGUCAUGAUGAGCCAGUCUGCAUAGCUUCGUUGAGAGGAUUCAGUAUUAUUGUCCCAAUACUUGGAAUUAGAGAUGAUGCGGUUUAUUUGUUUAUCUUUUUCCUUGAACAACUGGGUAUUGGUUCUAUUGAUCACAGCCCACCUAAUUCUUGCCAAAACUCUAUUUCUUCCCCAACACCAAGUCGUUGUGUGAAUGUCCCACUUUGACCACUUCAUUUAAUUUAUAGCAUCAAAGUUAGAUCGGACCUUAUAUUUGAAACAGGUCAGCUCUUAAUACAAGAUACGUUGCCUUACCCGAGAUCAUGCGAAGUAGACCAAAGCAAUGUCCUCCACGGGUCUCCAGUACAGUAUGUAAUGAGUUCAUCCGUUGGCCUAUACACCUUUCCAGAAAUGGGGCGCUGAGUGUCCGAAAUAGUGAUGUCAUAAGGGAAAACUAGGCCUUAUGGUGGAGGGACAAAGGAGAUAGUCAUGGUUGACCAACACACUUGAAUGCCUUUAAUGACGGACAAAGGGGAAAAAGUUAGUUCCAAUGCAAGCCACUAAUUUUGGGAAGCAUGUAUAGAGCGUCUGGUGUCCCUUGAAGUUUGCUCAACAGCGGACCUGCAUGUCCAACCUGUGCAACUCCUGCUAUGAUAGCAAAGGUGUAUUGAAUGGGGCCUAUUGCGGUAUCCUACCUGAGAAGGAAUCAAUGCUGGUGGGGUAAUUAGAAAUUGUCUUCAACAAUGUUGUGACAAUAGCGUCCAUGGUGGAUGGUGGUGUCCAUUACCCUCUGGGCCAACAAUUCUUGUGAUCAGCUGAACAUUGGUCGUUUUAAGAUCAAUCUGAUACAUCUUAUUUCAACAUAUGGAAGUCACACCCAAAAAUAUAAGGUCACAUCCUAGUGUUAGAUGGUCACACCCGUUAUACAAGUGUUGUUAUUUGUGCCAGCAUUUGUUGGCUGUUGUUGAAUAA